CAAGACUUUACGCAUAAAGCUUCAGGAUUUACGCACACUAGUCCUGAGAUCGCACCAGCUCCUCUAGCACAUUCUGAGUUAUGGGAUGUACAAAUCAAACCAGUUGACAAGGGGACACUUGGUUAGAGAGUGCGCGUAAAGCAUGGCUUGGAUACGCACAUGUUUUCUCUUAUCUUGUGUCGGACAUGUGUUGGCGAAUCCGCCAGCUGAGACGAAGAUUUAUUUGGAUAACAUUACGCGCAUUUUGGAUAGAUUAUUAGAUGGAUACGACAACAGACUACGACCUGGAUUUGGAGGUCCUGUCACAGAGGUUAAAACAGACAUCUUUGUCACCAGCUUUGGUCCUGUAUCUGAUGUUGAAAUGGAAUACACAAUGGAUGUGUUUUUCCGGCAAACGUGGAUCGAUGACCGGCUGAAAUUUGAGGGCCCCAUUGAAAUCCUGCGACUCAACAACCUCAUGGUCAGCAAAAUCUGGACUCCAGACACAUUCUUCAGAAAUGGCAAACGCUCCAUUUCACACAACAUGACCACUCCCAACAAGCUGUUCCGCAUAAUGCAGAACGGAACUAUCCUGUACACCAUGAGGUUAACCAUCAAUGCCGAGUGCCCCAUGCGAUUGAUAAACUUUCCAAUGGAUGGACAUUCAUGUCCCUUAAAAUUUGGCAGCUAUGCCUACCCAAUGAGUGAGAUUAUAUACACAUGGAAGAAGGGGCCAUUAUUUUCAGUAGAAGUACCUCAAGAGAGCUCCAGUCUGCUACAGUAUGAUCUGAUCGGACAGACAGUGUCCAGUGAGAGGCUCAAGUCAAACACAGGUGAAUACAUCGUCAUGACUGUAUACUUCCACCUGCAGAGAAAGAUGGGUUUCUUCCUAAUUCAGACAUACAUCCCAUGCAUCAUGACAGUGAUUCUUGCACAGGUUUCCUUUUGGAUCAAUAAAGAGUCUGUACCUGCCAGAACUGUGUUCGGCAUCACCACAGUGCUAACCAUGACCACACUGAGCAUCAGCGCCCGCCACUCUCUACCCAAGGUCUCGUACGCCACAGCCAUGGACUGGUUCAUCGCCGUCUGCUUCGCUUUUGUCUUCUCCGCCCUUAUCGAGUUUGCUGCUGUCAACUAUUUCUCCACCUUACAGGACAAUAAGGAACUUCGGCGGGUCAAUGCGGCCCGUGCUGCGGCCACAGUGGCGACCAGCAUUGAUGGAGAAGUCAUUUCGCAUCCUCUGGACCCUAGCGGCAUGUUGAAGAAGAGGCUGAACUCUCUUUCUCAAAGAGAUGUUGCUGAGAGAUUCUCCAGGCCGUGCCAGUCUGAUUUCCGUCAGCAAGGUUCUGCUGUACCUGCCAACAACAUGCUGACAGGGACUAGUAUCAUUGACAAAUACUCACGCAUCCUUUUCCCGCUAUCUUUUGGGGCCUUUAACCUGGUCUACUGGAUUGUCUAUCUCACCAAAGACACUAUGGAGUCCAGGUUAGUGCUGCCAUCCUUCUCAUGCCGUUGCUUUUUAAAGAAAAGGAGCCAGCACUGUCAUUGUUCAGGAUCCUCUGUACCCAACUGCAACCAUUCUUCUAAAGGACUUUGAAAACAGGAACCCCUUGGCCAGUCUCUGCGUUUCCAAAGAGGAUAAUUGGAGGGGACAUGAUGGAGAAUGAUGGGAAUAUUCAUAUCUCCCUGAUUGUUUUCCUGCUGUACUCAAAAGUUAAAUGUUCCUCUUUUCAGUAUAUAAUUCCAUUAAAAAGAAGAUUUUUGUGUUGCACUGUUUGAUAUCGUGCAGUUUUUUGUUGAUUGUUGAAACGUUAGUUCCUUGUCUUCAUAUGCUCUCAUGCAUGCAUUAUUCAUGUAUACUGUAAAGGCAAUAAACAUGUUAACCAUAGUAUGUUGAGUCUUGUUACUCCUGGAUUUCUUGUAUUUUUUGUCCACUGGUUUUAACAAAUUAAUUGGACCCACUUUAUAUUAGGUGGCCUUAACUACUAUGUACUUAACCUUUUGAUACCAUGUA